AUGGUCCAACUCCUCCCUUACGUUGCCUCUCUCCUAGCCCUCGGCCAGGCCGUUGUUGCUGCCAAGGCAGUUACAUCCUUUUCCGAAUGGGUUGAUGGUAUCCUUGAGAAUCCCGAUGGUGAAAACAUGACACCCGAGGAGGUCGUCGUUGCCUUCAAGAGUGGACAAUUCAAUUCUUCACCGUCAGCCAAGUUCAGUCGUAGCUUGUACGAGAAGCGCGCUACCUGCUAUGAGAGCGCGAACACAGAUUGCCUUAUCACAGAUGCUGUUGCAUGCAUCAACACCGUCGCCCGCAAGACCAACUGCCGCAACGUCUAUCUGCAAUGCCAGAUCAACACGGCCGCAUUGACGACCGACGGUAACAAAGACUCUUCCUGCAAUGACGUUGCUCGUGGCGCAGGAUUUAUCUUGGAUGCUUGCGUUGUUUCAGGUAGUGAUAGGGUGCAAGGGUCGGAAUUCGCAUACGGAAAUGGAGCAGAGCUGGUGCGACUUCGGAGACCUUGA